CAGCAAUGCAAAAAGAUUAUAUCCUGUCUCUCAGAGAGACAGACACACAGGGGCGAGACGCCGAGACGCACAGAGAAGAGCACAAGGUAGAAAGAGAGAACUAUACAAGGGUGAAGAUACUGCGCUGGGGGAGAACAGGGGGUUAACAAGCAGCAGAAUCCUAGAUAAUGGGCGAAUAAAACUGUCAGGAAAAUGAGAUAAAAGGAAGAGCAAGAGAGCGAAAGAGGAAGAAAUGAGACGUGCAUAGUGGGCUAGAGAGAGAAGAAGAGGAAGAGAGAGACCGUCACGCAAGAAUCAAAGAGUCAAACAGGCAAGGGGGGAGAAGAAGGGAAGAGAGAGGGAAAGAGUCGAAGGAUAAAGUGAGUGAGAGGGGAGGAAGGUGGAGGGGGUGGGGGGUAGAAGGACAGAUAUAUGUAAGAGAGGCUACAAAACAGGGACUAGAGAGACAGUGCAAGGGGGUGAGGGCAAACACUCAACGAAGGAAGAAAAGUUAGAAAUAUGGGAGGAAGGAGAUAGAAACAGAGAUGAGAGUAGGAAAGAGAAGCAAGAAAUAGGGAGAAGGCCAAGUAAGGAGAAGAAACCAGAGAAAGAGACCUUAGAACUAAGAGACAGAGGGAAACUAAAGAUAAGGAGAGAGUCACCAUGAGAGUGUAGGUAAGAGAGGCCAGAGGUAAAGGGGAGAGUCCCCAUGAGAGUGUAGGGAAGAGAGGCUAGGGGUAAAGGGGAGAGGCCCCAUGAGAGUGUAGGGAAGAGAGGCUAGAGGUAAAGGGGAGAGGCCCCAUGAGAGUGUAGGUAAGAGAGGCUAGAGGUAAAGGGGAGAGGCCCCAUGAGAGUGUAGGUAAGAGAGGCCAGAGGUAAAGGGGAGAGUCCCCAUGAGAGUGUAGGGAAGAGAGGCUAGAGGUAAAGGGGAGAGGCCCCAUGAGAGUGUAGGUAAGAGAGGCCAGAGGUAAAGGGGAGAGUCCCCAUGAGAGUGUAGGAAAGAGAGGCUAGGGGUAAAGGGGAGAGGCCCCAUGAGAGUGUAGGUAAGAGAGGCUAGGGGUAAAGGGGAGAGGCCCCAUGAGAGUGUAGGUAAGAGAGGCUAGGGGUAAAGGGGAGAGGCCCCAUGAGAGUGUCGGUAAGAGAGGCUAGGGGUAAAGGGGAGAGGCCCCAUGAGAGUGUAGGAAAGAGAGGCUAGAGGUAAAGGGGAGAGUUCCCAUGAGAGUGUAGGAAAGAGAGGUCAGGGGUAAAGGGGAGAGGCCCCAUGAGAGUGUAGGAAAGAGGCUAGAGGUAAAGGGGAGAGUUCCCAUGAGAGUGUAGGAAAGAGAGGCCAGAGAUAAAGGGGAGAGGCCCCAUGAGAGUGUAGGGAAGAGAGGCUAGGGGUAAAGGGGAGAGGCCAAGGGACGUAGGUAAUUAGGAAGGAGUAGCGUUACACACAGUACAGAAAGGAAGAGUAGGGAAGAGAGGGAGCCGGGAUGCACUUGGCUAUAGGAGAGGACUUGUCCCACUCUACAAACCUCUACUGGAUCCUUGGAGGACUUGGUAUUUCCAUCAUGGCGUUUCUCCUGGGCUGUGUCAACUGCCGGCAAAGGAAGGAGCCCGUCAUUGCCUCGAGACGCCCCGCACCCCCGACUCCAGAAUCCGGGUCCCUCUCACGAUACCAAACGGGGCCAUUCGCGUCCUCCAAUCAGAUUGCCGAAAUAGACGCAGACGACUAUGAAGAAGAUUUUGAAGUCCCCGCUCCCAGGAAAGAUUCUCCCAAAACCAAAUCAAAUUCUCCAUCUCUAAGGAAAUCCACAGCCGAAACCAACAGCCGCAGCAGCUACGCAAACGUAGAUCCGGAGCCCAGUUAUGAGAAUGUUGACAAGGGUCCAUCUAACAAGCUUCAGCCAUUGACGGAUCACACGUACCUGGAACUCAUUGCAGGGGAGGAUUCCACCAAUGGGACAGAUUUGGCUGCUGCACAGGCAACAACACACACCGAUGUGGAUACAAAGGGAAAUGCCCUGAAGGACAGUGGGAAAUGCAUGUCCAUCCCGGAAAGCCUGAGCAAUUCCUAUGAGAAUGUGAUGCAGCAGGGCUCCCCCGCAAACUCAGAGCUGAACCCGGACUAUGUGAACAUGUGACGGGACCCCCAGUCUGUGGUUGGGGGACAGGGAGAGAGGACAUGGGAGGUAUUGGCACAAUAACAACACAGAGAAGCUUUUCCUUUACAAGUUGUGGCAACACAAAGUCCCAUUUCCAGCCCUACUAUUCAGGGUUAGACUGCCCCCUACAGGGUUCCAGGAGACCCAUAAACUUAUUUGGACCUUGGACACCAUGGAGCAGGGCCUGAAACCCAAUCAGAACCCUACGACCCAAGCAGAGCCCUACGACCCAUGCAGAACCCUAUGACCCAUGCAGAACUCUAGGACCCAAGCAGAACCCUACGACCCAAGCAGAACUCUAGGACCCAAGCAGAGCCCUAUGACCCUUGCAGAACUCUAGGACCCAAGCAGAACCCUAUGACCCUUGCAGAACUCUAGGACCCAAGCAGAACCCUACGACCCAUGCAGAACUCUAGGACCCAAGCAGAACCCUACAACCCAUGCAGAACUCUAGGACCCAAGCAGAACCCUACAACCCAUGCAGAACUCUAGGACCCAAGCAGAACCCUACGACCCAUGCAGAACUCUAGGACCCAAGCAGAACCCUGCACACAUGGGGCAUAAAUGGCUCCGGACAAUUCUAAACCUUCCUUUUUGUCAGCCCAAGGCAUGAUGGGAUAUAUACCCAAUGGGGAGGGAGGGGGCAGAGCCAUCUUUUUCCCAGCAGGGAGCUCGGCAGAGACACGUGGAAAUGUUCCAUAAACAAUUCUACAUCAUUAUGUAAAAAAGUAUUUGACUGGUUGUGACUGUCAUGUGACUUGGGGCGCCCAGUGACACGGGCACUGGGCUAUAUUGCUGAUUGGCACUGUUCUGUAUAUAUGGGAUGUAACACGUAUAUUCAUCUGUCAGCUUGCUCGCCGGGGGUCUCGCUGGGGGUCUCGCUGGGAGUCUCGCUGGGGGUCUCGCUGGGGGUCUCGCUGGGGGUCUCGCUGGGAGUCUCGCUGGGGGUCUCGCUGGGAGUCUCGCUGGGGGUCUCACUGGGAGUUGUUUCCUUUGGCUGAAGCCAAUAACAUUGCCUGGCACAUAAUAUGGGAUAUGGGGGGCAGUGACUCGGGGGCUGGACGGUAGGCGUGGCCUAUCCCAGUAAUUGUAAUAAGGGGCAGUGUGACAAACUGUAAAUUAUUUACUUAUAAACAGUGCUUAGUGAUGUCAUCAGUUAUAAUCAGAGCUUAGUGAUGUCAUUUCUGUCACAUGACUCACUGAAACUUGUAUAUUAUAAUAAAUAAUGUGCCCCCUGUUGUAAAAUAUGAGGAUAUUAUAAGUCACCUUGGAGUUCCAUGACCUGUACCAUUACUGUGCUGGUACCAGUACCAGUCCCAGUACAGUACCAGCACCAAUGCCCGUACCCUACAGGUGGGAAACAUUCCUACAUUCCAUAACAAUAAAAUAAUAAUAACAUUUAGGAAAUAAAUGUACAAAGUUGACUCGACAAUAUAAUUCCUCUCAUUU